GACGAGCCAUCAUGGCGGAUGUGGACUCAGAGCUGGAAAGUCUGCGUCGUGAGCGAGAGUGGCUGGUUGGUGUGGAGGUGCACAGCGUCCUGGAUGACAUCCGACACACACUGACGGAAUGCAGUAAGCGGUUCCCCAUUCAGACCUUACCAAAUGGAGAUAAUGUGACGGACCUGCGGCAGAUCAAGGCACAGGGGAUACUUAUGAAUAGCCCAAAUGGCACGGGGCACAUCAAGUGUAUGGUCACCCUCAGAGGAGACUCCAUAUUUGAAGCAGACAUCAACUUCAAGCAUAAACAGGGGAAGGAGCAUCACAUCUACAAGACCAGCAUCCUGGAGGACUCCCAGUGGAAGUUGCAGCAGAUCCAGGAUGCAGGGAACCACCUGUGCAGGGCUUUGAUGACCGUCAACAGUCACGAUGGCAGCUACAAGUUCAAGUCAGGGAAGGAAGUUAUACUACUGCUGGAUGACAUCAUGAAGAGUUUGCUGAAGGGCCGAGGAAGUCUCACGCUGCCAAAACGGAAAUCAUUACAAGACCUUGUCAAUAACAGAAAUAUGCAUGUUUUGUACCCUCCUGUGCCGAGCGACAUCGCCCUCUCCUUCUACAUCCACGCAUCCAAGUUGAUCCUCGCUCUGUAUCACGUUCACAUCACCGGCCAGAAGAUUGAGGUCACAGCCCGGUACCAGGUGGAAACUGUGGUCCAGUGGCUCAAUGACGCCAUCAUGCUCUUCACUCUGGCUCUGCAGCAGUGUCAGCAACUCAAGGACAAGUUGACUGUUCUACUCCAGUACAAGGGAUUAUCAUAAGUGUCCAGAUGCCGGCAGAUUGAGCACUUUGUCAAACAGCAGACAUCCCGGCUGAUGGCCUCCGAGCAGUCUUAUUGAGAUGCACAGAUAUUGUGUUUCAUUAGGAUCUCAUCUUACAGAGAAUCACUGAGACAAGAAUAAAAGGGAUAAAAGAUAAAUAUGUGAUAUCAUCUUACUGAGGGAGAUGAAUAGUGUUAUCAAUAUAGUGAUAUGAUAAAUGAAUAAUAUCACCUUGCACAGAUAUCAAGACUGGCAAGAAAAGAGUUAUCAACAUGAUAACUAUGUGGUAACACGAUGAUAUCAACUUACAGGUAUAUUAUAAGUACUGUGAUAUGAACAGUGCUUUUGACAGUGAUAUCACCUUACCAAUGAAUAGUGAGAUAUCAGAGAUAUCACAUUUGAGUAUUAUCAUAUUUCAAUCACUACACAACACUACAAACAGGCAAACAGAAAAAACCACUUUUAGAGUCACAACUCACUGUUGUCAAGAAUACCUUAUUUCCUCUGUUAGAGACAUGGUGUCUGUUCUGUUUCAUGCUGGCACCGUGGCAACUGACUGCUUGCGGAAUCGGUCACACAAAGGGUACAUGGACAUGGUCAUUAUCAGUGAUUAUGGCUUAAAAAAAUAAAAGAAUUUGUUCUCAGGCAAUGGCUUUUGAAAAUAUAGUGCGGGCGGGCAGUGUUUCUUUGUUUUAUGGUUGUUCAAACUAGUAUGUUACCAAAUAAAACAGUUACGUAACCAAAUAAACAGUUGUAUACAAUCAACCUGGUAAAGGGCUUCGCGACAUAAAUGAAUUCCUUGAUGAGUAGAAUACAGUAUUUGACAACUGUUGGACUAGGUAUUUUUAAGGAUUUAUUUU